CCCGGAAGGGGCGGGGCCCGUCGAGGGGCAGGCUUUGUGGAGAUCCGGAACGGGGCCUCUCUAGACUCCAGGCCCUGCCCCCUGAGCUCUGCCCUCGGAUGUCCGACCGUCCAGAGCCUGCAUGCGCCGUGGGGCGCCCCAGGACCAGGAGCUGGUGGGUUCGGGGACCCUUGGGCGGGGUUCCCGGGGCGCCACUCCUCCCGCUGGACCCCUUGUCCCGGUCCUCGUCUUCCCUCCGGAUCUAGUAUUCAGGGCCGACCAGCGGAGUGGACUCCGACAGCUGCUGACCCUUUAUAACCCCACGGGAGCUGCGCUUCGCUUCCGAGUCCUGUGCACUGCACCUGCCAAAUACACGGUGUUUGACUCAGAAGGAUACGUGAAGCCUCAGUCUUGCAUUGAUAUUGUGAUUCGCCAUGUGGCCCCCAUCCCCAGCCACUAUGACAUCCAGGACCGCUUCCGCAUUGAACUGUCUGAAGAAGGCGCCGAAGGUCGAGUGUUAGGGCGCAAGGACAUCACCUCGGUUUUGAGGGCACCUGCUUACCCCCAAGAGCUUCAGGCACAGCCAGACUCAGCUCCCCAGCCAGAGCCUCCAGCCCUAACACCACCCUCGGCCAGACACUUCCAGGAGAAUGCCCACCCACAACUGUCCACCAGCUCCUUCUUCCUCUUCUUGCUGGCGGGCAUAGUCUCCGUGGCCUUCCUGCUGCUCCCACUCCAGGAUGAACUUGGCAGUCAGCUGCCCCAAGUCCUGCAUGUCUCCCUGGGACAGAAGUUGGUGGCUGCCUAUGUCUUGGGCCUCCUCACCAUGGUGUUCCUCCGGACCUGA